GUUUACAGUGUGCAUGGCAGACAUGCCGCUUCAGUUCUAGUUGUAGACAGUUGUCACCUGUUGUCCUGUAACUUUUAGGAGUAUGGCCAUGGAUAUGACUUUCCUCGGGACGGGCUCGGCCUACCCGUCUCCUCACCGCGGUGCCUCGGCUCUGGUGCUGCGGACCCAGGGGGAGUGUUGGCUGUUUGACUGCGGGGAGGGGACCCAGACCCAGCUGAUGAGGAGCCAGCUCAGAGCCGGUCGAAUCACCAAGGUUUUCAUCUCCCACUUACAUGGAGAUCACCUGUUUGGGCUGCCUGGUCUUCUCUGCACUGUGAGCCUCAACACCAACCCUGAGCAGCAGAACAUGAACUGUGUGGACAUUUACGGGCCCCGGGGCCUCCGGCACUUUCUGAGGGUGACACUUGGCCUCACAGGAUCACAGCUGCUCUUCCCUUAUGCAGUGCAUGAGCUGGAGCCCACAACUGACCAGAGUCCAGAAGAGGGACAGCUCAGUCUGGAGAUCACAACAGAGCAUGGUCCUCUGCACCCACAGGAGCAGCCUGGCAGGACGAUCCCCCUGGAUGUCUCAAGUGACUGUUAUCCCCUCUUUGAGGAUAAGACGUUUGUGGUGAAGGCCUUCAGGUUGUUCCACCGCAUCCCCUCCUUUGGUUUUUGCAUUCAGGAGCAUGAUCGACCUGGAAGACUACUGAAGACUGAAAUCCUGAAGGAACUAGGCCUGAAACCAGGGCCGCUUUAUGGGAGGCUGAAAGCUGGUGAGCCUGUAACUCUGGAGAGUGGGCGUGUCAUUCUACCAAGUGAAGUGCUGGAAGAAGCCAUUCCUGGGAGGAAAGUUUGCAUCUUAGGAGACUGUAGCUCAGUUCUUGGGGAAGGACCACUGAGGCUGUGCAAUGAAGCGGACAUUCUAGUUCACGAGGCCACCCUUGGGGACGAGCACCGGGAGAAAGCGGUGGACCAUGGACACAGUACACCUGAAAUGGCGGCAGCGUUGGCUAGGGCUUGCUGUGCACGGAGGCUGGUGUUGCACCAUUUCAGCCAGAGAUACAAACCUUGCUCUCUGCAGAAGGAAGGUGACGAGGACGAUGUCUCAGAGCUCAAGAGACAGGCAGAAGAUGCCCUAAAGGACAGUGGUAUAGAAGUGACUCUAGCUGAGGACUUUCUUACUCUACCCAUUCCUCUUAGAAGACCAAGGUAAUGAAUUAUUAAUUGCUUUUAACCAUGCCACAUGGCCUUCAUCAUGUCAUAGCUCAAGGGUUAUUGAGAAAAUUGGAAAAUUUGAACAUCUAUGUAUGAUUAAAAUUGUAAAUUGAAAUUUCACCUGAGAUUGUUUCUUUUCAACUGUGAUUUCCAAAGGCAGUAGUACAAAGUUAACAUUUCAAAUUGAAAGAAAGCACCAGUAAAACUGAAACCCAACAAGCAAUUAUUAGGAUUGGUAAUAGUAAGACCUAAAAAAAGUCAUAAAAAUGUCAUAGUAUAGUAUGACCAAAAAAUGUCAUAAAAACAUCACAGUAUAGUAUGACUUAAAAAAUGUCAUAAAAACGUCAUAGUAUAAUAUGACCUUAAAAAUGUCAUAAAAACGUCAUAGUAUAGUAUGACCUAAAAAAGUCAUAAAAACGUCAUGGUAUAGUAUGACUUAAAAAU